UUGCAGCAUUCAGUGCAGAUUUGUCCCUCUGUUGACUUCCCUCAUCCCUCUCACGCGUGUGCGCCGCUUUUGCUCUUACCCGAAACCAUGUUUUCUCCCGUACGCAUCGCUACGACUACCGCCACUGCCGUGCUCCUCUGGGCGGUUCCAACCCUCGGGUUCUUCGCCCCCCAGGCUCCAUUUGCGUCCGCUCCCCAUGCGCGUUCGCUUCCUCGCAGAGGCGCGACUACCUCUCCCACCAUGGCGUACGCUCCUUCAACCGUACAGGACGCGUGGGACAACCACUUCGCCGCGUUUGCUGCGCACGAUAUGGACAGGAUCCUGCUAGACUACGAUGAGGACAGCGUGGUUACAACCUACGACCAGACAGCCGACAGGAUAUCAGUUUUCAAAGGAGUCGAGGGAGCCCGUACGCUCUUUGAAGGGCUCUUCGAAGCUUUGUCUGAUCAGAGCGACUUGGCAGCUCCGGUGAUCGACGUGUCAGAAGAAAGCAACAUGGUGUUCCUUGUCUGGAGAUGCCCCGCCUCUGGCUUCCUCGACGCCACGGAUACCUUCACGCACAACGACAAGACCAAGAAGAUUAGCCGCCAAAACGUGGCUUACAAGACCGGCUGAUUUCCUUGCUGGUGGAGUUCCACGUAUGAAAGUGGCUGUGUACAUUGGUCUGCAUUGAGCUGCGCCCUUCCCCAGCAAGUUCAACGCGGAGAGCAUCGUCAUAACUUUGAUUUGGCCGGUGCGGGGGGGGGCUCCAAUGCCCCCGCGCCCCUGCCAGAGUUGCCCACCGAGUGUGAGUGCGUGUUUUCGAGAAGAAAAGCUACCAUGUCGAAACAAACAAAGCUAGAUUGUUUCGAGUUUGGAGUGGAACUUUUAGGUGAUGAAUCAUGGUUGCCGUCGUCUUUAUUGUGCCUACUGAAAAUUGAUUCAGUUGGUGGCGCAGCCGGCAGGGAACGGUGCGCAAAUGUUGCAUGACCUCCAUGCUCGUGACAGCCGCGUAGCACAUGGGCCGGCGAUUCAUCGUAGCUGAAAGAGGCGGUGGAUAUUCCUCUUGUUUUUUUUUUCUUGCUUUGUCCUUCGGGGCUGGGCUGGUGAUAUGCAAGCUCCCCACACCUACUGGUGUCAUGCAGCUGCCUCUUCUAGGCUUGCUCGUAGAUGCUCGAGGGGGGCGAACAUGGUUAGAUUCUGGUCUGUGCAGCGCGUAUUCUUUAGCUACCCCCAGGGGGCUUUUCCCCCUUUUGGGUAUUCUGAUUUUGUUUUGUUCUUUCAGCGCUUGCCGCCCCCGGUCAACUCGAAGCAGAGCGCGGUGGUCAAGACUUGCCUAAAAGAACGGCGCAUCAUAGGCUGUACUGCGUGUAGAUCUUGCUGGGGGAGAAUACGGACUAGCUAGGUUCCGACAUCGAAGCACGUGGAAAAGUCAUCGUUCUGCGUGGAGUCGCGCAUGUUGAGCGGAUGACCUAGAAAGUGCAGCGGCUGACAUCAUACCCAUUUUUUAGAGACUGGGGCUCUAUCGCUUGUCAAAUUUUACUGCAAAUGGUUCUUGCCUCUUGCGAACUGAUCCAGCCGGCAGUGAAACACUCAACUUCCGUCGUUGUUCGCCGCUCGCUUGGUCUGUUCGUGAAAGUGUGGGCUCGACAACGCCGCUGUUACGGUGCGAUUCGUGUACAGAGAGUGCACUGCCCAGCGUUAUUGCGCGGUUGGGGUCUUAAUCUUGUAGCACCCACACGUACUUGAGA